AGGUAACCAAACAUUUCACAGUGGGUUCAUUAUCUGUAUUUUUUAUUUUAAUAUAAUUAUUAUUUUUACUACAGCUGACCAGUCUGUGUAGGUCGAGCUCAGGUUUAUUUUAUAUACGGUCUUGUAUUUUUUUGACCAUGUCGAAAAGGAAAGUGACAUUUGAGGAUGGAGAUGGGGAGAUUACUUUGGAAGAUGUUCCGAAGAAGAAGAUUGUUGAUGGCGUGAUUGGCCCAGGAUCCAGAUUUAAGGAGAAACACUCUUUGGACAGUGAUGAGGAAGAUGAAGGAGAGGAAAGAGAAUAUAGCAGCAAAUAUGACAUCCUUGCCAGUGACGAUGUGGAAGGGCAGGAAAUGGCAACCAUUGACUAUGACGAGGGUGUCCGCAUCACCCCUUUCAACCUCACCGAGGAAAUGCAGGAGGGACACUUUGAUUCAGAGGGCAACUAUUUUGUCAACAAAGAGGAAGAUAUCAGAGACAACUGGCUGGACAAUAUCGACUGGGUGAAGAUAAAAGAGCAGCCCGUGAAAAAGAAGAAAGGCCUCGCAGCUAAGCGGAAGAGAAGAAUUGGUGAUGAAGAUGAAGCAGAAGAGGAGAUAAAACGUGAGGAACAGCAGAAAGACGGUGAGGAAGAUGAGGAGGAAGAAGAGGAGAAAGGACCUGCAGAAGACCCUCUGGCCACGUACAGCCAUCAUCAGCUCGCAGAAGCCGUCAUUGAGCUGAUGCUGCCGGGAGAAACAGUGGCUGCUGCUCUGAGAAGACUUGGUGGUCUUGGAGGACGCAAGAAGAAAGGGCGACUGAGAGAAGGGGAGGAGGAGAAAAAAGAGACUUUGAACAGAGACGCUGAUAAACUGGACAAACUGACAGCAUUGGCAGAUAGACUGGUGGGGAUUGGAGAAUUUGAAAUUUAUCAGCAGACUUAUGAAAAGCUUGCCUACAAGCUGAAGGGGAUGACUCGAGGAAAGGCAGCCAAGAUACUAGAGGAUGAUGAAGAGGAGAAAGAUGAGCUAGACAUGUUCGGCGAGGAUUUUGAUGAGAAGCAAGCUGCAGAAAAGGUUGAGGAUAAAGACAACAGCAGAGUCAGUGAUGAGGUCAUGUGGGAGUACAAAUGGGACAAUGAGGAAAACUCUGAGCUCUAUGGGCCCUUCAGCAGCCAACAGAUGCAGGGCUGGGUGGACGAGGGCUACUUCAAGGACGGAGUAUAUUGUAGGAGGAUUGAGCAAGAAGGUGCCCCGUUCUACAACUCAAAGAGAAUAGACUUUGAACUUUAUACAUGAUCUGCUGAUUUUACUGAUUUAAUUUGAUUUCUUCCUCCUCUCUCUGAAAGGGCUUCUCUGAAUAAUUGUUUACUCCUCAAUAAUUGUGUUUUGACUUAAGUACGCGCAUUAAUUAGUAUGUGCAUCUGUGUUUGAAACAUGAUGUGUUUUAAAAUAAAGACUUUAUGGCUGGAUCCAA